AUGGAGCUGGUUGGGUCCCUCAUCAUCUCAUCUACCUCUCUGUCUCCAGGUCCUGACUCCUAUGCUAAAGACCCUGGAAAAUCUCUUCUCAGAGCAGAUUCCAUGUCUACUCCCUGGCGGUUCCUGGCUGGGACUCUGGGGGUCCUGGCCCUGGCCCUCAUGGUAACCGUGCUAGCACUGGGGGUCCUCAUGGCAAAACAGUCUUCUUACCAAGGACCUGAGAGCUCUUUUGCAGUUCCCAACAUCACAUCCCCAAGAGUAUGCUAUUCUGGCUCUUGCCCAGAGAACUGGAUCUGGAACAGAGAGAACUGUUAUUAUAUUUCUACACAAGUCAAGACUUGGCCAGAGAGUCAAACUGCUUGUCAAAGUAUGAAUUCCAGUCUCCUGAAGAUAGACGACAGGGAGGAGUUGCAAGAUUUUCUGAAACUUCUGGCGUCUUAUUAUUGGAUUGGACUGUCUCUGAGCAACUCUAGUGGACCUUGGCUGUGGGAGGAUGGUUCUGGUCUCUCCCAUGACCUGUAAGUUUAUCUCCUUUGUGGUGGGAUGUAACUGGCUCUGCCCUAUGGGCCGUUCUACCAGUUGAAGAAAGGAGAAGUCCAGGACCCUAAAUUCAGAAUUCAGGGACUUUUAUAUGAAUGGAGCAGCAUAACAACCUGAGUCCAACUCUGCACUUCCCAUUUGUGUCAGAAAAGAGAAGACUAUGUUUCUGUGUAAAACCAGCUAUAAGAGAGGAUGCACCUUUCCUCCCUGAGUUUCUCUCAUUUCCUGGGACAUGAGUAAUUGAGCAACAUCUUGUCCAUCCACUCACUGUAUUUUAGUGAUUAUCUGAGAGAACACGUGAGAAAAUGGACUUCUCCAGGCCCUCAUUACAAAUUCAGGGACAUUUUAGUUUUUCGUUGCAUAGACCACUCACCACCAAUUAUAUGACUUUAACUUACAAGAAGAUUUCAGUGUUGUUUAAUUAGUUUAGACCAGGACCUCUAACCCUGCUAACAAAUGUCUGCCUUUUGCAUCAUCUUAUAAAAGUGAACAUGAAUCCAAUCAACUCUUUUCUGGGAUUCACUUGCCUUCUUCAGUGAUUAAUGAUUUUCUAAGCUUCCCAUGGAUUCAGGAAACUCAUUCCUUUUAAUUUUCCAAA